UGCGCAUGCGCGCGCCCCGGCGGCGCGGGGUCUGGGUCUGGGGAUGUGGUACCGGCUGCCGGCGACCGCCGGCAGUAGAGCGGUGGCCAGGCCGCCGGCCUUGCUCUGGCGAUGUGGUGGCCCAGGAGGUGGCAGGACGGUCAAGACCAGCGCGAGGGUCCUGGGCAGGGCCCGACAGUGCCUCUAGGGGAUCCACGUUCAGAAGCUGACUCUGCAGGCGAGACCGACGUUAUUUUCCCGGUGGCUGUGUUCAAAACCACCCAAAGAGACUGGUGAACUAGAGAAUGCCGAGUCUGGAGGAGAUGGAGGCAGGAGAGGAGGGAAGCGGGAUGACGUUGCCUGGUGGAGGCGGAUGCAGAAGUGCUGGGACUACAGACCUGAGUCACCAUGCCUGGCCUCUAUCUGGAUUUUAACAGACCCACAUAAGAGAUAACCCUAGCAACAAUGGCUCAAACACAGCGCUCUCUGUGGACUUCCUGCUGCUCCUGGGGCAUCUGGGGACUUCUGCAAUCUGGCCCUUUUGGGGGCAGGCGUUGCCAUGGGAUUUUUCUACCUCUAUUUUCGAGAUCCUGGAAGAGAAAUCACUUGGAAGCACUUUGUAUAGUAUUACCUGGCCAGAGGUCUGGUGGACCAGCUGGAAAUCCUGAACAAUUUGUGCGUAUUAUUCCUGCCCCUGGGAUCUCUUCUGAAGGAGCCAUGCUCAUUGGUCCUCCUGGUACCGGCAAGACCCUUCUUGCCAAAGCAACUGCAGGGGAGGCCACUGUGCCCUUCAUCACUGUGAAUGGGUCUGAGUUCCUGGAAAUGUUUGUUGGCGUUGGGCCAGCAAGGGUUCGUGACAUGUUUGUAAUGGCCCGAAAAAAUGCUCCAUGUAUCUUAUUCAUUGAUGAGAUUGAUGCGAUUGGCAGGAAGCGAGGCCAAGGGCACUUUGGAGGCCAGAGUGAUCAGGAGAGCACCCUGAACCAGAUGCUUGUGGAGAUGGAUGGGUGCAACUCUGCCACCAACGUCGUGACGUUGGCUGGCACCAAAUGCCCUGGCAUCCUGGACCCGGCCCUGAUGCGGCCUGGCCGGUUUGAUCGCCAGAUUUACAUUGGGUCCUCCAUCUUUAAGGUCCACCUACGCCCAUUGAAGCUGGACGAGAGCCUCAAUAAGGAUGUCCUGGCGAGGAAGCUGGCAGCGCUCACCCCAGGCUUCACUGGUGCUGAUAUUUCAAAUGUUUGCAGUGAAGCAGCCCUGAUUGCUGAGCCCUUCUUCAGGAGAGUCCUUCUGAGUCCUUCUGUUCAGGAGAAACACUUUCAGCAUGCCAUUGAGAGUGUCAUUGGAGGUCUUGAGAAGAAGACCCAGGUCCUGCAGCCUGGUGAAAAGACAACUGUGGCCUACCACGAGGCCGGACACGCGGUGGUGGGCUGGUUCCUGGAGCACGUGGAGCCCCUGCUGAAGGUGUCCAUCAUCCCCCGGGGCAAGGGGCUCGGCUACGCACAGUACCUGCCCCGGGAGCAGCAGCUCUACACCCAGGAGCAGCUCUUCGACCGCAUGUGCAUGAUGCUUGGGGGCCGGGUGGCUGAGCAGCUAUGCUUCGGGCAGAUCACUACGGGGGCUCAGGACGACCUGAGGAAGGUCACCCAGAGCGCCUACGCCCAGAUUGUGCAGUUUGGGAUGAGUGAGAAGCUGGGCCAGGUGUCCUUCGACUUUCCCCGACAAGGCAAGGCCCUGGUGGAGAAGCCGUACAGCGAGGCAACCGCCCAGCUCAUUGAUGAGGAGGUCCGGCACCUCGUCAGUGCCGCCUACAAGCGCACCCUGGACCUGCUGACACAGUGCCGGGAGCAUGUGGAGAAGGUGGGCCAGCGGCUCCUGGAGAAGGAAGUGCUGGAGAAGGCAGACAUGGAGCUGCUGGGCCCCCGGCCAUUCGCGGAGGAGUCUACCUAUGAGGAGUUUGUGGAGGGCAUGGGCAGCCUGGAGGAGGACACAUCCCUACCCGAGGGGCUGAAGGGUUGGAACCGGGGACAGGAGGAGGAAGAUGUGGAGCAGCGUGUGCGGGGGGCUCUGCAUAGCCUGGGGCCUUUGCAAAGCAGCUGCAGAAACUCACCCAAAACAAAUUAAAACGUGACAACUGUGAAUGGGCGUUUUAGAUUAGGGUGCUCUGAGCCCACAUGCAGGGAGUGGGAGUGGGAGUGGGCAGAGGGGGUACCCUGAGUCCCUGGGCCCUCCUGCUGGAGGACAGUCGGGUCCAGGGUUAGACGGGAGAGGCCCCAGGGCUCUGGCCCCUGCGGUGCUGAGGAAGGCACGACUGUAGCUUCAAGAGGGGCUUGCGUGGGGCACCUUGGAGACACCAGGCCUUCCUGGGACCUCCGUGGAGGAGUGUUGGUGUGGUCAUAAAGUCACUCAGAGGAGCCUGGGCCCAGCACAGAAACCCUCACCGUUUGGUAGAAUUCAGAAAAGGAGAACGUCAGCCGGGUAUCAAGGGAAAGUCAGGUUUCUAAAGCAGCUGUUUGGAUCGGUAGAAGCCGAUCUGCUGAUCUGUCUUUAAAAAGGAAAGUCCACACCACCCACAGGUGCAUGGCUGAGGGAGGAGGUGGAGCUGUGGGGCCUCACACCUGGGUUCCCCAUCAGGGGCGGCCCCCUUACCCCCGCCUGCGCCUUGGCUCCGUGGCAGCACUGCUGAGUGUGAGGGAAUUGCGUUGCUUAAAAAACCUGGUCCCUGUCCUUGGCUGGAGGUGCUUUCACUGCAGGAUGUGUCUGGAUCAUCAGUUCUGUUCCUGUGACCCCUUUUUGUUGGAGUCUUGGAGGGGGAAGCUCUGCAGGGCCCCAGCCGGCUCAGGGGUAUUUGUGGAGAGGCCGUGGUCCUGAAGCCCCAGCACGAGGCUGCCUCUGGCCCAGGUACCUGUUCGUGAACCCUUUUCCUGGGGUUGGGUAGCUCCUAAUUUUUAUUAGGAAGGCCCCUUCUGGGCUCUGAGCUCCAGGCCCUUUGGCGCCUUGAACUGACGGAGGCUUUGCUUUUUCUUUUCUGGGGUGUGUGGGACUUGAUGAGGAUGCCCCGUGUGCUUUCUCCAGCACACGACCCGCCUCCAGGACUCGCUGGGGUCAGCAACAGCAGGGCGGUGUCAGCCUCAACCACUGCCUUGGGGUGGGUGGAUGCGUGUCUAGGUCACCUGGGAUGAGACCUGGGGAAGACGCCCAUUUGCAGAUGUCCUGGGUGAACAGCGGGAGGAGGAGGCCGUGCUUGCUGCCCCGGGCACUGUUUGUUCUCAGCCUCUCUCUCGACCUAGGCCAGAUCAGACACUGGGGCUUUGUAGUAUAUUUUAUAAAUCGCUUGUUACGUUGGCCUCGGAGCCUCAAAAAUAUAAUUUCCAACUGGUGGUGAACAUAUUCAGCUUUUGCUGUUUAUAAAAUGCCUAUCAUUGGACUCAAAAAUUCUCCAGCACUCAACCUUCAUCAUGGCCUCCACCAGACCCAGAGAAGCUGAGCCCCUUGGGGUCCGGCUGGGGCCUGGUCUUAGGUCCCUCAGAUGGAGGUGGGGGUGCUUCCUCAACCCCAGCAGGCCCUGUGACAUGGCAGCAUCUGGGGGCCUCCGGGGAGAGCCUGGGUGUCCCUCUCGUCACCUCCCAGCCGGCUGCACGUGCCUGGGGUCCUUCAUGAUGAUCUGGGUGUGGGAUCCUUGUGCCUCCCCCACCGGGCUGUUCCCUCCAGACCUGUCUUCUCGGCGCCUGCUUUCACCCUCGCCUUUUCAGGGCUGUCAGGCGCCUUCCCCCCAGCCUUCCCGCAUGUAUGCUUCACAAGCCGGUCCUUAUGUAAAUCUGGAGCCAUCUCACCCCCUGAAUCAGACACACCAUUUUCCACGGUCUUUUCCCAGCUGUCCUGAGUGUGACCUGCAGUUUGCCUCAUCAGCCUGUCGAUGGUGGCUGAGCUGCACCUUUGCUGAGAAGCACCAUCGGCUGAGCAGAGUGACGCCUGCAGGCACUGCUCUCUGUGCUGUAGCGGUCUGUGCACCCUGCAGGGACACGAGCCUUCAGCCCCUGUAUUUCUCAGCCUGCCUGCCUCCCUUCCUCUGCCAGAAGGGAAGGUGGAAUGGGGUGGAAUGUGUGUACCUGCCUGUAGCCGUGCACCCUUCCCAGAAGAUCCAUCACUGACCGAGGCCGUUUCUGGGUCCAUGGUCAUAGGACACCUGGCUGAGAAUUUUCAUGUAGGGGAGGUCCAGGCUUCUCCCCUCAGAGCCCAGCACGGAAACACACAGAGACCCGUGGGCGUGGCAGAAGGCAGUUCAGCCCUGGUCAGGCUCCAUGGCCACCUCAUUUCAUGAGUAAUGACAGUGGGCAGGAGUUUUGGCCUCAUCUGGUACCUCCCCAGGACCAGUGCCAGUGGCCUCUGGGACAGGAGUGUGUUGAGAGCGACUCCGUUGCUGGGGAGUGACCCCCUCCCCCGGCCCGGGCCACCUUUACGUGCACGUGGGGCGGGACUUUUACUUCCUUAAUGAUUCCUUCUGUUGUGUGACUUUGGGACUGGAAAUCCAGGAUACUCAUCCCCCAAAUGUGACCCAAGUGAGCACAGCAGAGCCCUCAGGCUGCUGCAGCUGGAGAAUGGUCCGGGCACGGAGCCCAGGGCAGCUCAGCUCACGCCCCUCAGCAGGCACCUCUUUCACUCUGGCAUUGGAAAGAAGAGACUGCGGCCAGGCCUUCGAAUGCGCAGUGAUGCUUUAAUCCCACUGUUUGCAAACGAGCUCUGUGGAAGCUCAGCAGGAAGGAUGGAAGAUGGGGAGGAAGACCCUGGCGGGUGGAGGUGUGGCCAGGGACACAAGGCUGCCUUUAUGGGACUGAAAGAAAGCUGCUGGGCUCUGUGUGACUGGAAACCAGGGAAGGAGACCUGGCUGAGGCAGGAACUGGGUUUGCCAGCAGUGCUGAGGGGCAGCGGGUGGCUCAGAAGUGGGAGCAGGUGCCGCCUCUAAAGUCCCGUACACAGAAGGAGCUCAGGGCAUGCCUGGGGCAUCUCCAAAGCUCUGCUGACAGUGAAGGCCAGGAGCCUGUUUUCCUUCCCCAGAAAUGUGCUCAUGGGAAAUGGGGCAGGGGGCAGGUUGGCUUGGGGAUGGAAAGUAAGCUUACACUUUGAUAUUAAACUCAUUCUUUGACUUGCUGUCA